UAAAAAAAUGGUUGCCUGUAAAGUCGGUUUUACGGGCGAAGAUUUUACGUGACAACGUCUUUUUCUCGGUAGAAUAUUUAUUGAUAUGAAUAUAAUUAAAUUGCACAAUAGGAACAAGGAAUUGAAUGAAAAUAAGAAUUCCACAAAUUUUAACUAUAGAAAUAUAUUUUGUUUACUAAAACAUUGUACAUGUAAACUUAAACUUAACACGAGAGACUCAUCGUAACGUUACCGAGCGUUACACUUUUUCAUAAGUGACUCCCAGCCGCAACCUAAUUUAAGACGUUGUCACGUCAAAAAGUAAAUAAGUAAUUGAAAAGAUCGGCGGUUAUACCGCAUCAUCCCUUAUCAGGGGAUGUUCGCCUUAGAUAAAUCUUGUAAGGCCAGUCAGUAAGAGUUUGUAAAGAUAAAAUCGGCGGUUAUCAUUCAUAUUUAAAAUAAUAAUAAUAUUUUAAUUGAGAUACAUAGAUUGACAUAAAUUAGAUUUUCUAAUUUCCGGAUAUAGAAAAUAAAAGACUCCUGUUCAAAUAUAUUGUGGUAACUACAGGCAACUACGGAACCCUACACGACACGCACUUGGCCGUUUUUUUUGUAUUAUUUUUUUACACCCUGGGUUACUUUUCUCCCUCGAAUUUUCCAUAAGGAACCCUUACUUUUUUGAAAAUACUCCAUAGCCUAUGUCCAUCAGGGAUAAUGUAGGAUUCUGAAUGUGUAAGAAAUUUUCAAAUCGGUCCAGUAGUGUUUAAGCAGCAACCACUGGAAUUAUGCGUUUUAAUACACUAUAUUAAAACUAGAACCAAUCUUCAAAUAAUUACAAAUAAAUUGAAAGUUAUUCGUUCUUCCUAGAAUAAUUUUCUAAAAUUAAAUGGAGAGAGCAGUAACCUUUUUAAUCUCAAAUAAAAAGUGUUAUAUUUUUUAUUUGGUCUGAGUUUUUAAUCUAUUGAUAAAUUUUUGAAAUGAAACUUCUUUACGCACGCCGGAUUUGGGGGGUAGACUGGCGAAUGCGUUACGCGUUACGAAAAGUGUGUUCGGGCGAAGCGAACGGGAGUUUCGAUCGGCAGAGUUGGCCCAAUCUCUUGGCCUGCUCAGUUACCCGACCUUACUCCAAUGGACUUUUUCGUGUGGGGUCAGGCCAAGGAACUAGUUUACAAUCAUGUGGAGAUAAACACAAAAGAACAAUUAAUAGAAAAAAUAAAUGCAGCAUUUAAAACGAUGAAACAGGAGAUGAUGUUGAAAAUAAUUUGACAUCAGUCUUUCCUUUUCAUUCUGUAUAGAGAAUGACAAGGAUACACUUGUCAUAUUUAAGUUUAGAUUUAGAGAAUCGUGCCAGAAUCGACACCAUCACUUAAAUAAAAAAAAAUCGCAAAUAUGACUGAUAUUUGUAAAUACAUAUAGGAGGAGCUUACCUGGGUUCGUAUAAACAUUUGCGAAUUCGUGCAGUGUACGUAUGUUUGCACACAAGUAAGUGAUCGACCGGCAUAUGACUAUUAUCCAAGCUAUCGAUAGUAUGCAUAAUUUUGAAUAUUGAAUUUAAAUCCGUGGACAAGAUUAUGCAUGCUGCAACCCUAGUUUUAUUAUAUCUGUGAUACUUACUGACGGUUGACGUUAACGCGCGUGCGUGACUUUUAAGAGGACUGUUUUCAAUGGUGUCAAUUCCGGCAUGACUAUCUAAAUCUAAACUUAAAUUUGACAAAAGUGUAUCCUUGUCAUUCUCUAUACAGAAUGAAAACGAGAGACUGAUGUUAAAUUUAGUUUUAAGUUUAGAGAUUCACGCCAGAAUCGACACCAUUGAUUGAUGAUUGGCAGUAGAUCUAAUCUGUGCUUUAAAAGUGACAGCCGCAGCCAGCACAGCAGUAUGUGUAGCUUGCACAGAGUUCAUUUAAAAAUUAGUUUGUGGCAGCACAGCAGUGCACAGCCGCGGCCGACGAACAGAGGCAGCCUAUUUUUUGAAUAAGUACCCUACCAUUCAAGCACAAGCAAUUUUUUUUUUAUAUUAUCGCCCAAUGUUUUAUUGACACUUGUUGCGAUAAGAAGAAUAAAAAGGUCAAUCAUUCAAUGUUGCUCAGUUUGUGACUUUAUACUUGCGUUGCGUUAGUUCCUCCCCUCGUGCAGACAGAACAGACAGUUCAACUCUGACCUCAGUUGUACACGGGCGCGAACGAGGAAUCCGGAAAAUGGAAGACGAAGUAAAACUGUUCACCCGAGAAGAGCUGAAGUCACGGAACAAGCGCAAUGAUGCCGUCCUCAUCAUCCACAAUGCGGUGUACGAUGUUACAAAAUUCUUAGAAGAGCACCCGGGCGGCGAGGAGGUGCUGCUGGAGAAGGCCGGCCAGGACGCCACCGAGCCCUUUGAGGACGUCAGCCACAGUUCCGAUGCCAGGUCCCUGAUGAAGAAGUAUAAAAUCGGCGAGCUGGUGGAAGCGGACCGCACGCAGAACAAGGCGGCUUACGCGCCCGAAUGGAGCAACGACCAGCCCAACGAACAGGGCAACGCGUGGAGCUCGUGGCUGACGCCGCUGCUGCUGGGCGUGGCGGCCACCGUCCUGUACUGCUACCUGUUCGCGUAGUGGUCGCGGUAUGCCGUCGCAAAACUUCCCAUAUUUACAACCCCAUACAGCACUCCGCCGCCGUUCCCUGCUCAACGUGACGUAAACCAGGGCUUGUUUACCGGUUAAUUUUAAAACCUAAAUCAGUGUCAAGUACAUUAGGAGCGUUUUAUUUAGAUGUGGCUCUACCUUAACCUUAAAAAAACCGGUUUUCCUAAAAAGCGAAAUCAAAUAGGUUUUGAAUCAAUUUAGCGGUUUUUAAAGGGUUUCAUUUCGCUCUUGCUGACGGCAUCGAUAAUAAGUGAAUAAUUUGACUCACUAGACGCUAACAAACUUGUCAAUAAAUGCAUCAAACUCUGAGCAUUAACAAGUUGUGCACGUGUCGCUCUGGAUUAAACCGGUUUAUUAAGGUUUUAGGUACCGCUUUCAUUUCUGACGCGCUCCGAACGAAACCUUUACUAAAAACCGGUAUUAACCUUUAUUUACCGGUAUUUUCGAAACCGAUUUCAAGCCCUGAUGUAAACCGUGCUUAUCUCAUCGGAUAACUGUAACGUUGACCUCUUUAGCAUUCAGACCGAUAGUGAUCGUUGUCGGAGCAGAGCCUCCGCAUGUUGCGUCCGAGGCCAAAUGUUUGUGUAUGACUUGCAUAUAUAAAAUUAGCAGAUUUCGUUUAUCACAAUAAUGCACGUGAUGUUCUCGACUAGUGCGAAUUGAAAGUCUCAAUAAAACUAUAUUAUAAGUACUACGAAUGGAAAUAAAGACGCAUAGUUUAACGAUAGCCGCGCGCAGCCGAUUUGUAAGCUUGUUAGAUGCGAAUUCGCAGGAUCAUUGUGUAUAAUUAAUGCGGCGUACAUUUGAAUGUGUUGUAAAAAAGCCUUUUGUCGGUCGUAUUUUAAGAGGAAUCAUUUAUGUGUAUAAUGCGAUUCAAAUAAGAAUAGGAAAGCCAAGAGACCUCCAUCUGUCAAAUAUCGCUUGAAAAGUACGGCUUGCAAAAAAAACUUGGGACCCUUUUUUGGCACUCUGCUAAUUAUGGAAUAAUAACCAAACAUUUGUAAACAAACAAUAACAAAUAUUGUUAAUUAAUAUUGGUUGAUAUUUUGUUUUCAUUUAUUGAGCUUUGGCUAUGAAUGUUUGAUAACCUAAAUCGUCAACCAAAUGUCACUUUAAGUUGCGUUCAGAAACGCGAUUUAAAACUUUGGUUUACAUAUUGAAUGCAUGUUCGUAUGUGACCUAGUAAUAGUGCAUGAUUAUUCAUAACUACUCCGGCGCGGCGGUAAUGCCGAGAUGAGCGGAAUUGAAGAGCUUAAUUCUGAUUAAUGUUUUUUCUCGCACAGCCAUAAUAAAUAAAUAUUAUUGAAAAAUCGGAUGUUUUUUCUCACUUAAUCUUAGUAAAUAACUUUUAUUAUAUAAAAACUUGGUCACUCUACCUUUUUCGUUUGAAUUGACAGCUAUGACGUCACAAUAUGGCGCCCCGUCGAUCCUAUUCUUAGUUGAAUCGCAUUAAAACGUUUUACAUUUUAUAUGUUUGGUCUAAGCAUAAACUUUGUUUAGUGUGAAUCUAUGAAUAAGUAUUUGCAUUACGGACGAAGGUAUAACAGGUGCUCAUGUUGUAUGCAACAGCAAUAGUGCAUGUAUGUUAAUCUUAUUUGUGAAUAGAGUCAAUUAAUGUUCAAUAGUUAUAUAUAUUUUGCAUGCGACUAUGGAAGCUGUUUUUAUCAUAAUUUGUGCACAAAUCUGUAUUUUCUCUGUUAUUUUGUAAGAAUAAAUGUUAUUUAUCUACAAUUUUACCAAGUUAUUACUUAUAUUGCUACAAGAGGGAGCGAAUACACAUGUGGGCCUUAUAAAUGUCGUUAAGACUAAUUAUUUUUGUACUUGUAAGCCACGAUCAUGUCUGUAUGAGCGUAGUUGAUGAUUUGCUAUACUUUCCCAUUCCUUUAAAUUAAUCUCAUCCAACCCUUUUAGCAUGACCACCGAAACGGGAUAUGAUAUAGCGAUAUAUCGACAUUAUCCUUCAGACUACUGUCAAACUCCAUAGUAGUCUGACAGUUAAUGUCGAUAUAUCGCUUUAUCAUAUCCCGUUUUGGUGGUCAUGUUAGAGGGGCAACAGUCAAAUUACAUGGCGCAGACUAUAACACGAUUUUCAAUAAAAGCAUUAAAAUUUAUUAACAAAUAUUAAUGUUGGUAUCAGUUUAUUCAGUGCAAAUGGUAUAACUAAAGUAUUGCAGUAUUUGUUCUAAAUUUAUUGAAUAAUACUGAAAAAGUCGUUCUUCUAAAUUUUGCUUUGUCAUAAUGAAGUUGGUAAAUAUCUUUGUUAAAUAGAUUUUAAAUCUUUAUAAAACAUCUGGUACAUGUUGUAAGGUAUAUAGUUUUAAAGUAAUUUUCAAUGCCUCUGGUGAGCUAGUAAAUUUGAAACAAAUUAUUUUUAAUGCCAUGUAUAGUUACAAUGGCAUUUUUUAAAAAGUGGUUUAUAUGAGAGUAUAUAAUGUAUGUGUUUCUUUAAUCUUCAUGGUGUGAUUAUGUAAAAAUAGCAGUUAAUUUUGGGUAUUAAAUUAUUAUAAUGCAUUUAAGUUAAAUGCCGAGGUGACAUGGUUUAAGUUUAUUAUAUUUUAUAUAAAUAAAUUGACUUGCGGGUAUUGUCAUAAGUUCUUUUAUUUAUCUAGAUAUGUAGUAAAAAUUAACAGAUAUAACUUUAACAGAGUAUAAAAUAAUAGUCUAGUUUCUUAUAAAUAUUUACCCGUAACAGGAAACACACACCUCAGAACCGUCAGAUCUGAAAUAAAUACAGUACACAUUAAUGGCUAAUGAACAGGGGUAAAGUGGCGUAGCCUUUAGUUUUCAUUAAUUAUGAGAAAGUACCUAUUUAAAUAGUAGACUAUCUAAAUUAUGAAUGAAAAUCAUCAGAAAACUAUAAAAUAAUUUCUGUCUUAGUUUGUCAGUAAACAUUUACAUAUGAGGAGCUGGCAAACUAAACGGUAUAAUUACAUAAAAUUAAAUUUUACAGGAGCUGUAUAAAACUGAAUGACAUACCUACAGUGAGCUUAUGGCAUGGUUUUUAAUUUAUAAUUUUUUGUAAUUUUAACAUAGUUUUGAUUGAAAAUUAUUUGAGAUUCAAAUUCAACGGGUCCGAAACCUCCAGACUGUAAAAAUAUGUACUUUGACCAGAUGCUUAAUUAUACCGUUUCAUAUUUUACAUAUAGAGAUCUGUUUAGCUAAAAAAACAAUCAGGUAUAAAAAAUCUAUUCUUUUGUUAAGUACUGAUUCUUGAUACAAUAGUUUUUUUUUGCAGUUUAUUUUUACAGAAAUUUUUCUUAACCAAUAAGCAAAAAAAUAUAUUAUAAAAAAUAUAAAUAAAUAAAAUACCCCAAUAAUGAGCACAGGAAGCAAUAGGAUUGGUUGCACUGGGUGCAGUGGUGCUGGCACUGGGCACACAUCACCCGGUCGCAGUAUGCACACACCAGAACUGAAGAUUCCCCACAACUGCAUUGUUUGACAACUGAACAUCUGUUUUCCACCUGCAUUUUCCAUAUGACAAAAGAUAAUAAAUUAUAAAUACCUAAUUCAGUGUAAGUAAGUUUGAACAAACGAUAAUACACUGACUGCUUUCACCUAAACAAUAAAAGGUAUGUGCUCAAUAUAAAGAGCUAUUCACCCAUCUAGUUUUUAAAGGUCAUAAAUGUCAAAUAAUCUAAAAUUGAGUUGCCAACAAUGCCAGAACUUUCCAUACCAAAUUUUAUUAAAAUCCUUCCAGCCGUUUAGAUGUGAAGAAGUAACAAACAUACACACUCACAAACACACCACCUUUAUAAUAUUAGUCUGAAGAUCUAGACACGCAAAUUUUGCAUUGACUGUAGGGUGAUGCAUUUAUCUUACUAAACAUGCAAGUAUAAAUUCAUUCAUAGUUAUGGCAGUAUAAUUGUAUCAACAUUAGUCACUAGAUUAAAGUUGUUGGUCUAUUGUACAAAUGAUACCAUAUACUGCUGACUAUAAAUGCUGAAAAAAGUUUUAGAACAGGUUUGAUAUUGGUCUGUAGGCCAAACAUGUAUGGAAGCUGAGCAAUCUCCUUUAGACCAUCCUAACCUUAAUAUAACAAACCUCAGUUUAAAGAAUUACUCGGUAUAACAAAUAUUUACUUCUUCCCUACCAAUUUGUUGUAUCGAGGUUGCAGUGUACUUACCUACCCAAUUAUUUUAAUAACACUUUGUUAAUAUUACUCACCACUGUUCCUGAGUGUGAAAGAUUGCCAUUUUUCCCUAUAAAAAGCUGUUUCAUUUUAUCUCUACAAGAAGGAGCAGCGAUAGCAUUGUUACUUUGUAACACCGGUGCUUUCUUGGCACCUUUAAAUAGUAGCUCGAGUGUCUUUUCUAGAACAAACACUUUCUGUAUGAUUGUAUAUCUAGUGGAAGAAAUAACGCCAGAGAAUUACAAUCUCAACAGCAAUACAAACUUACCAUAAACUUUUUCAAGUCUUACUUCAUUGUUGUUGAAUUGCUUCAACCCAACAUGAAUUUUACUCUGAGGAAGAAAAUCUUCAGUGAAAGGGUUACUUCUUUUUGCCAUGGUUUUCCAAGUGGAUUCUGUAUUUCUGUAACACUAAGAUUUUUUAUAAAAAUGGUUGAAGGUAAAAACGAUGCACAUAUUAAACAGAAAAAUCAUUUGUUUCGUUUCAAGUAUUUGAUGGGUGACAAAAAUAAUGAAGGUAUAUACAAGAUAAACUAUAAACAUGAAAAUCAUUUUAUUAUUUCAAUUAUUUGAUGGGUGAAAAAAAUAAUGUACGGUACAUCUUACUUAAUACUUCCAUGCGUUUUGACUAGCGCGAUAGCGGAAUUAAGUUUAAUUCAAUCACAGAAAUUAUAAAAUUAAAACAAAAUGAUCGAAAAACAAAACUUUUACAAACAUCAAAACAAUACAAAAUCCAUUAUCAUUUGUCACUGUCAUAAGCAGACUGUCA